CUCAGUCAUUCAAUAAUUCAGACAAUGUCCGGUCCAAGCACACGCGAAGCACGCCUAGAACGCUUGCGAGAACUAAACCUAAGACGAAACGCGGCCCGCAAGUCGAACUACGCUGAAGUCGUAGAGGAGGACAAACGCUCAAAGCUUCCAUCUAAUUGGGAAACCCGACAAAAGCGCUUGCAGUGGGAGGAGGAAGAUGAAAUUUUUCGAGCUAAAUGUGCGGAGCAGAAUAUUGACGCAGAUCAAGCCCGGGCGUUGGAGGUUAGUGCGGACGUAGCUGAUCGAUUGGAAGCGCGUAAGCGCAGAAAGUACAACACAGACGAAGGAUUCUCCUCAUACGCAGACGCGUCGCACAGGAAGUAUGUGAAGAUGACCAAACACAUCAAGCCGGACAUGAAGGCUUACAAACAAGAAAAAGAAAAACUAGGCGACCUGGCGUUCCCAACUGUCAACACCCUCGGACUGCAAGACCGGAAAGAUGAUCCUGAAGCAGUUGAGCGGCUAGCAAAGAGAGUGCAAGAUGAGGCAGCCAAGCGUCCCGCCUACAGUCGCCGGCGAGCUUUCGAUGCGGACGCUGAUAUUGACUACAUUAAUGAACGUAACAAGCGCUACAACGAACUGCUCGAGCGGCAUUAUGGCAAAUACACAGCUGAAAUUAAACAGAAUUUGGAGCGGGGGACGGCAGUUUGAAGGCCUUCUCAUUGGUUGGACCUAUAUAAUUGCAAUUUGGCUCUGUUUCGCGGCCUCUGAUGCCCGUUUUUGUACAUAGCGACGUGAAUAAUUACCAUUACUUUGACACUGCGACUACCCACACCUGUUCUUUGCUGCUGUGACAAGGCCCUCACCGAUUGUAACAGCACCUCAUAAUCAC